AUGAACGGCUGGGCUGGCACGGCAGAGUACCGUGCCGCUGGGCACGGUAGAGGAUCCUCGUCCACCUUAGCCGCGGCGAUUCUUGUGACCGCCGGGGCGACGGCGCCGUCCAGGCACGCCGGCGGAAGACGACACCGCCCCCGCGGCUCCGUCGCCGUGCGCUGCUCGUCCGCGGCCGACGAGCGGCAGGCCCUCUUCAGCCGCAUCGCCCCCGUCUACGACUAUCUCAACGACGUGCUCAGCCUGGGGCAGCACUGGACGUGGAAGCGCAUCUGCGUCUCUUGGUCAAUGGCGAAGAGAGGGGAUCGGGUUCUUGAUCUCUGCUGCGGGAGCGGGGAUUUGGCGUUCCUUCUGUCUCAGAAGGUCGGCCUAGACGGAGAGGUGAUGGGUGUGGAUUUCUCAUGGCAGCAACUGCAAACUGCUGCUAGCCGUCAGGACCAACGCUGGAAGGCUUGCUACAAGAACAUCAAAUGGAUCGAGGGCGAUGCACUUGAUUUACCUUUCACGGACCGUUACUUUGAUGCUGUUACGGUUGGUUAUGGAUUGCGCAAUGUGGUGGACAAACCCAAAGCAAUGCGAGAGAUCCUUAGAGUCCUAAAACCAGGAUCACGAGCAUCUGUUCUAGAUUUCAACAAGAGUUCGUCAUUUUUCACGGCAUCGUUACAGAGUUGGGCGAUCAAUAAUGUCGUGGUUCCUCUGGCUAGUAGCUAUGGACUUACUGAAGAGUACAAGUACUUGAAAAGUUCGAUUGCACAGUAUCUUACAGGAGAGGAGUUGGAGAAGUUAGCCAAAGAAGCGGGUUUUUCCUCCGCCAAGCACUAUGAACUUGGUGGCGGGCUCAUGGGGAACCUAGUAGCAACUCGCUGAUUAGAAUUGUAGCGACGAACGGGAUCUGUAUGAAUUAUCUGAAUUUUAAUUUAAAUAAUUCUGGAAACAGCCUCUUACAGAAAUGUAGGGAAAGGCUGCGUACUAUAGACCCAAAGUGGUCGGACCCUUCCCUGGACCCUGCGCAAGCGGGAGCUACAUGCACCAGGUUGCCCUUUAAUUUAAAUAAUUAAUUUUCCUCUGCAUUACCGAAUAUGCAGUUUGGCUGAUCCCAUAUGGAACCAAUGCUUCAAACUUCCCAGCUGUGCAUUUCUCCUGCUUGAACAAGAAAACUAACAUACCUACGGCAUGGAAACAUUCAGGUCAGCAUGAAAUCACACCUACGGCAUGGUAAUCAAAACCACAGUUCUGAAAUGCAGGCCGUUCAAUCAAAGUCAUGGUUCUGAAGUGCAGGCGCCACUGCGCAUACCGGGUGUGCUGUUCUGCAACUUCUGAGCAAUAAGACUAUAAAUCGGACAUAAGAAACAAGCACCUCCUCGUCUUAUUGGUGAAACUGGCAAGGCAUGGGAAUGAUCAGUGAGAAUUUCAGGCUCCGUACAUUUUCCGGUGAAGCGCACUGCUCUAUUCUGAAUCCUGUAUCCUCUGCCCUCCUCUGUUUAUUCAGUCCCCAUUUCGGCAGUUCAGAUCUACACUGGAGUAUUUAUGUUCAGUGAUUUUACCAAUGACCAUGGUGAAGCUUCUUCGGUUCAACUCGAUGAACGACCCAGCAAAAUAUUCGCAGUAAAACAUAAGUAACCCCCUACCAGGAGUCUAGCACCCAAAGGGUGAUAUGUAUGAAUUAUC